AUGGCAAAAAGGACAGCCCCCCAGACGUCCACCGCGGGACCCGCAUUCCCUCCGCUCGGGUUGGUCGCAGGCCCCGGCGCACCCGGAGUGGGAGCCCUGUCGAUCAACGGCAUGUCCACCUCUUACUCGAGCGCAAGUGGCGGCUCAGCGGCAGCCUCGUCCAGCGAGGUGGUCCACUCGACCGGCCUGCCGCCAGCGCCCAACAAGUUUGACGUCAGCCAGGCACAGCAGUGUCGACUGCAGGAUGCCUACUGGUCCGACGAAGAGGAGGACAUGGACUGCCCCCUGUGUCUCGAGGAGAUCGACCUCUCGGACGCCAACUUCAAGCCAUGUCCAUGCGGAUAUCAGAUCUGCCGCUUCUGCUGGCAUCACAUCAAGCAGAACCUCAACGGGAGGUGUCCGGCAUGCCGGCGGAAGUACUCGGAUCAGACUGUCGAGUUCAAGCCCAUGACGGCAGAAGAGAUCAAGAAGCUGACGCAGGCCAAGAAGCAAAAGGAGCGAGAAAAGAAGGAGUUGGAGGCCAUGAAUCGCAAGCAUUUAGCCAACAUGCGGGUGGUCCAGAAGAAUCUCGUCUACGUCGUGGGCUUGAGCUCAAAACUGGCAAAGGAAGAGCUCAUACCGACGUUACGCAGCAACGACUACUUCGGGCAGUAUGGGCGCAUCUCCAAGAUCCUCAUCAGCAAACGGACGACGGCGUCGAAGCUCGUGAUGGGCACGUCAGAGUCGGCGAUCGGCGUCUACGUGACGUACCACCGCAAGGAGGACGCGGCCAAGGCCAUUGUGGCCAUCGACGGCAGCAAGGGCAGCGACGGCAAGGUGAUACGCGCAAGCUACGGCACGACAAAGUACUGCACGACCUACCUCCGCAACCUCCCCUGCACCAACCCGGGCUGCACCUACCUCCACGAACCGGGCGAGGAAGCCGACAGCUUCACUAAGGAGGACCUCUCGACGCUGCGACACGCCGCCAAGGACACCGAGAACAAGAUCAAGCCGGCGUCGAUGGGCCUCUCGGCGAUACCGAAGAGGCCAGAUCUGUUGUCCGGGUCCGACUCGUUGGAGGGGUCCGCGCUGCCAAAGACCGCAUCUUGGGCCUCCGGGAAACCCGUCGCGGGCCUUGCGCCAGGCGCGCCCAUGGUGGGGAGCCCGUUUCGCGAGUCGGACAUGCCCCCGCUCUCGGCGAGCUCGGCCUCCGUGCUGGCGAGGAAGCCCAGCGGCCCAGAGCCGAAGCGGCAGAAGUCGAGCGCAUCCAAGGCGCCGGCGACACCCACGCCGAAGUCGAGGGCCAAUGCCAUCGGCCGCGCAGAGUCGCCGGCACCGCUCGGCAGCUCGACGCGGCCCGCCACCCCUUCGCCCUUGACGGGGGAGCAGGCGUCUCCGUCGCCCACACACAGCAAAGCAGCCCCUCCCCCUCCUCCUCCUGCGGCAGUGAAUGCGGCGACGACGGGCGGCGGAGGUCCACCUCCCGGCUUGGAGCCAAAGUCGCAGAGUUCUUCCAAGUCGAGCUCCGAGACCACCACGAGGCAGGCGACGCCGUCGGGACCUCCGGGCCUGACCAAGGGAUCCGCUCCGCCUGGCUUGGCGUCGCCGGCGACGGCUUCGACGAGGACUCUCACAUCGGAGGAAGGCGAGCGGAGCGAAAAGUCGUCGUCCACCACGGCGCCUUCGACCUACCAGCCUUCUUCGAGCGCACAGGCCCUCCUCGACGACAUGCUGCAGAGGAGAGAGGCGGAGCCUGAGACUGUCAAGCCGAGUCCGUUUCCCGACUUCGACGAUGCGCUCUCGAGCUUCCAGGACGGCGACUUCUCGUUCAACUUUCCUGCGGCGCAGCAGCAGGCGACCAAGGAAUCGAACGGCUCGGAACCGCUGCGUCCCGGCCAAGUGGACCUGACGACGGCAUUCACCACGUUCAGCCCCUUUGGCGCACCCUCCGGCAUCCUUGCUGCGCACGCCGGCCUGGUCACUGCCGGCACUCCGCCACCAGGCAUCGUGCGGACGCCAAACAGGAGCACGACGGCAUCGCCGGCGCCGCUGAGCUACUCGGGAUCGUUUGACCCGUUCGCGCCGGGUGCAGGCGAGACGAUCGGGGGCGACGACAAGCACGCCUCUCCCUUUGCGGCCAUCGAGCAGAUGAAGAGAACGCUGAGCGAGGACAAGAACAACGCAGCGGCCAAUGGCAACGGCACCACCAGCAGCGCGGCCAACGACGGACAGGUCGAGGCCUCCGAGGCUUCGAAGCGGGCCUCGCGCUUCGAUUUCGCCAAGCGCAAGGAGUCGGACUCGCUGGGCGCUGGCAUCGCCGGCUCGCCCCUUCGCGCUGAGCUGAUGCUCAACAUGCGCGCCAACGGCUUCGGCGACCAGGACGGCGCCUCGACGACGGCAAAGGACGCCUCGAGCCUCCUCGGCAACGUGUUUGACCACGACCAGCCUCAUGGCGGAGCGCAGGGCAACAUCGGUGGGUUUGGCGGCGACGGCAGCGGCGGCCUCCCCGGCUUCGGCCUCGGCAGGGAGGGCGGCGGUGGAGGUGGCUACCCGGGCAUGGGACUCUCGCGACCGCCGGGCAUCAACGGACCGGCCUUCAACAGCCGCUUUGGGACCAGCACGCCUCCGCCGGGCAUCUCUGCUCCCGUCAGCCGACAGCAGCAGGCGCUGCUCGCGUCGCUCCAUCAGAUGGGCGGCUCAAGCAUCUCGCCUUCGAUUGACUCGAUGCAGCUCAUGCCCAACGGCAGCGGCGCCAGCUUCCUGGCCGAGCUGCAGCAGCAGGCGGCUCAGCGCGCCCAGCAGCAGGCGCAGUUCGCCCAGGGCAACCAUGGCUCGCCGUCCAUUGAGCAUGGGCGUUCCAAUGCCUCGGCCAGCUCGACGGACCCGCUGCUGGCACAGCUGCUGGCUGCGUCCGGUCGCAGGCCCGGCGGCUUUGCCCAGCAACAGAGCCAUCGCGAUGCCUUUUCGCCGUCCACGCCGUCCGACCUACCCUUCAGCGACCCGGCAAUCAUGUCGAUGGCCCGCUCGCAGAUGCAGCAGGCCCAGGCGGCUCACCACCAUCACCAGCAGCACCAGCAGCACCACCAGCAGCAGCAGCACCCGCAGCAGUUUGGUGGCCGCGCUGGCGGGUACGGCGCUGGAUUCGGCAACACUGGCGGUUCGGCCUUUUCGCCGUUUGACCAGCUGGCCAACUUUGGCGGAGCUUCCGCGCCGCAGCACGCCUUCAACGACCAGCGCUUCCUGCAGCAGCACCAGGGCGGCGGCGGCCAGCAGCAGCAGCCGCAGCAGCCGCAGCAGCACAGGAGUUCGUACCCUGCCAUGCCCUGA